AUGACCCAACAGCAUGAUAGGAGACACCUUAGCCGAGUCAUUCCAUACCUCAUUCUGUGGUUCCUUUGGGCGGAGAGGAAUAGGAGUCGACAUGAGCAAAUUCAGUUCAAACCGUACAACGUUGUCUGGCAGGUUCACAUGUUCAUCCACAACAACAUGACCAAUGGUCACAUCAAGCCGAAGCAUUGGAAUGGAGUGAAACUCGGAAUGAGCCCUCCGAAUCACCCCGAGACAAGGGGGCCGAGACCGUUAGUUAUGCCGGUUAAGUGGCACCCCCCGGAACGCACAUGGAUCAAGCUUAACACGGAUGGGGCGUUCUUUGAGGCAACAAACAAGGGUGGCGGAGGGGGUCUUGUUCGGGACCACAAUGGGAAAUUACUUGCAGCAUUUGCAACCCCCCUCGUCGUUCAAUCGGCUCUUGAGGCCGAGCUCAUGGCCAUACACUAUGGGUUGGAGGUAGCGAAGGUGUUCAACCUACCCAUAUGGAUUGAAUCAGAUGCGGAACAAGCUAUUAAGUUGCUCAAUGACUUGGGGCCCGGCACAAGUUCGCCGCGUCAUGGCCCUUUUGCAUGGCUUCAAACGUGGACAUAUUUUCCGGGCCACCUUCAUUCAUAG